AUGCAGUCCGUCCCAGAGUCACGCCAGCAGACCUUCGAGGAGAUCUACGGUCCGCCAGAGAACUUCCUCGAGAUUGAGGUUCGCAAUCCUCAAACACACGGCACCUCCCGGAAUAUGUACACCUCGUACGAGAUCGUCUGCCGCACCAACAUCCCCGCCUUCAAGCUGAAGCACUCGGUGGUGCGCCGCCGCUACUCCGACUUCGAGUACUUCCGAGAUAUUCUGGAGCGCGAGAGUACCCGUGUCACCAUCCCCCCGCUGCCCGGCAAGGUCUUCACGAACCGGUUCAGUGACGACGUCAUCGAGCACCGCCGCGAGGGCCUCCAGCGCUUUCUGCAGAUCGUCGCGGGGCACCCGCUUCUGCAGACGGGGAGUAAGGUGCUGGCUAGUUUUAUACAAGAUCCGAACUGGGACCGCAAUGCCUGGUAA